CCAAUCUUAUACGUAUUACACUACACGGAUGAUAUACGUAUUACACACUACACGGAUCUUACCCUAAUCUCCUAAACAUAGUCGCCAUCAAACCAAUUCUCAUCGUCUCCACCAAAGAUGCAGUGAUCUCCACCAACGUCUCCCACCGAAGGUCCACGGCUGCCGACUUCCCCCACCAAAGAUGCAGUGAUCUCUCUCGCCUCUCUUUCUCUUUCUCUCGAUCGCCAUCAGAAUGAAAUGGAAACCCUAAUUUCAAAUUAUCGUGUAUUCGAGAUCCUACAGCGAGGUAUGUCCCCGUUUACGGUGAUUACAAACUCACACACCUCACGACCACACCGGAUUGAGAGGGCUCUGCCGAAACCCUAAUUUCAAAUUAUCAGUGAUGGCUAAGCGCGAAUUGUCAAGCACAUUGAAGAACUUGAAGGACCCGCUUAGGCCAGGGGUUAAGGAAGCGGUGGAGAUUUGUUUAGCAGUCGGGAUUACUGUGUGUAUGGUUACGGGUGAUAAUAUUAACACAGGUCGAGUCAUUGCCAAGGAAUGCGGUAUACUGACUGAAGGUGGGUUAGCCAUUGAAGGGCCAGUGUUUUGA